UCUUUCCCACUGCGUCUCAGAAAUCCUCGUUCUGUUUCGAAACGUUCUCGCCCUGUUUGGAUUUCGUUCAGUCAAUAAAUACCUAGGUACUCAAGUAUUAGCUGUCGCAUGGCUAAGACUAUUUAAGUCUCAGAAGCCGUUCGGCAGCAACUAAUUGCUUUAAUUACUUCACGUAACUUUUUUUUCUCCCCUUUCAUCACACCGAACAACGCCGGUCUAGGUUCAUCAUCCCGUGCUGUCGGCACUAAUAAUUUUAAUUCCCUUACUUUUUUAUUCUCUUUCCGUCUGUCUGCGUUUUUCUUCUUCUUUUUUGUUACACAUAACAGAAAUAUAGGAAGUAAAUAGAGCUUCGGCUCUCCGUUACAAUUUCUUCGCGAACUAGCUCGCCUCGAUCGAUCAGUCGAGCACAAACCGCCACGAUGGCCUGGUCGAAAACUACCCGGAUCAGCAUCAUGCUGGCCAUUGAUGUCGCCUUCUUUCUCGUGGAGUUAAUAUCAGGCUUCAUGGUCCAUUCCCUGGCAUUGAUGGCGGACGCGUUCCAUAUGCUUAACGAUAUCAUCUCACUGAUUAUUGGUCUGUGGGCUGUGACAGUUGCUAAGAGAGAAACUACCAACAAAUUUUCCUACGGUUGGGUUCGCGCCGAAAUCCUCGGUGCUGCCUUUAACGCUGUCUUCCUAAUCGCCCUUUGCGUUUCAAUCAUUCUCGAAGCGAUAACUCGGUUCAUUGAGCCUCAGGAAGUCUCGAACCCGAAACUCAUUCUUAUCGUCGGCUGCUGCGGUUUGGCUUCAAAUCUUGCGGGUUUCUUGGUUCUUGGAGGACAUGGCCACGAUCAUGGCGACCAUUCCCACGAUGACGACCACGACCACGACCACGGACACGAACAUGUUCACAAGCACGACGACAUUGCGGCCGCCGAGGAAGGUAGAGCAACUGCGACGGAGGCAUUACUGGACGAGCGCGCCCCAGUGGCAUCUAUACUACCCGAAGUAGCAAUAGCAACAGCUCGUGCUGCGAACACCUCACCGGAGACCGUUCGCCAUGUACAAUUUGGGCAGUCAGGAAGGCCGGAUCUCCAGGAACGAGGUGCCGGCCGGACCUCUGUCCCUAGGGGGAGAGAACGUCGACGCGCAGGCAGCCUUAAGCACGGCCGCUUGGCUAGCAUCGAUGAUUUCAGCAUUCACCCCGCCAGCUUCAGACAGGACAUCAUUGAGCACAGCCGAUCCAGCCGUAACGAAGAGACCGACGAAAGUUCUAUUGAUGAUAGUCCCAUGGGCUCUCCUGUUCGUGACGAAUCCAUUGACGAGACUACGCCUUUGGUUGCAAACGAGCGUGGCGCAGAUAAGGGUUCUGCUCGUAAGGGCUGUUCAAGCCGAUCAAGAAGUUCUCACCAUCACCAUCGUGCUAGACGUGACUCCGCAACGCACUUGGACCAUCAUCACAACAGGCCAAUGUCGAAGUCGAGGAAGAAGGGACACAGCCACAACCAUGCCGACAUGGGCAUGAACGCUAUGAUCCUCCAUGUCUUGGGUGAUGCUCUCGGAAACGUUGGUGUUAUUGUCACAGCUUUAAUCAUAUGGUUAACUGAAUGGCCGGGACGAUACUACGCUGAUCCGGCAGUAUCGCUAUUCAUUACUCUCAUCAUUCUCAAAUCCGCGAUUCCUUUGACGAAGGCGACAGCCCAGGUGCUACUACAGGCUACACCGGAUCACAUCGAUAUUCAGGAUAUCAAAGAAGACAUUCAGGCUCUACCGGGUGUCAUUAGCUGCCACCACGUUCACAUCUGGCAGCUUUCCGACACGAAGGUGAUCGCGUCGCUGCACGUACAGGUCGCGUUCCCUAUUACAAGCGAAGGAGGAGAGAGGUACAUGAAGCUUGCUAAGCAGGCACGGAAGUGUCUCCAUGCAUAUGGUAUCCACAGCGCCACGAUCCAACCCGAGUUUUGUCUGGAUCAGGACUGCAACCCUAUUGACGACGGCUCUACGACACUUGACGGACAAGCUUCGCCCCGCUACCCACCGGAUGUGUGUCUUUUGGAGUGCGUGGACGACUGCGUGGGCCAAGGUUGCUGCUCGCUACCUUCGGGAAUCGGUUCCAAGGCCGGAUCGAGCCAGGGGUCCAGCCAUACAGUAGAUCACGAUCAUAACGGGGACACCGAUCACGGACAUGGACACCAGCACUAAGCGGUGGUUGGACGAAUAGAGAAGAAAAAAAGUGCUUGUAAUUUUAGACGUUCAUUACACUGGGACAUUGGGUCGUUAUCAUGGCGCGAGACUACUAGGGCACUAUCCCUUUUAUUAUGUAUUUUUUUCUACUUGUACAGGUCUCAUACCUAGUGCGCAGGCGUUCGCGGCAAAAGGUAGCGGAAGGGAGGGUGUGUGACAUAAUGUACAGAUCAGGCUCAUAAAUACAUAUUUCGCGUAUACGCACAAUGUGGUGUAUUUCGUUGCCCCUGUGCGGUGCGGGUGGCUGAUGAUAUGGAUAUGAACGGGUGUCUAGUAUACUUGGGUACAGGGCACGGCGAGCUGGACCUAGGUAGUGCUUGUAGACAAGGAUAG